GAAAGAUCCAUUAUCCGGAAAACCCCAGUUUCCGAGCAUUCCGGAUAACAGAUCCCAUACCUGUAUUUUGUUUUUUUUGGGGGGGGAUGCUUUAUUUUUUAUCUUACCUCUCAAUCCAUUUAUAGACAUUUGAAUAGAGUAUGAUGAAAGCUUAAGUCAACCAAGAAUUUUUAUGCAUUUGAGGGAAAUAUGUCGGACAAAUGCUCUGACUGUCUUGUAGUUGCUUUUACAAGUGCACUAGUUUGUGGCAUUGUGAUGCUUGUACCCAAAAGACGAAAGCCCAAAGUAUACUUGCACAUUUUAAUUUGUGCAAAUGAUAUCAUUGACAAACAAAUGUCAUUGGUAAUCUACUGACAGGUAGUAUUGAAGGCAGUUGGUCCUUAUUUUUCUUCCCUGCAUGCAUAUGGGUUCCAUGUUGGCUGAGACUGGUUUGUAUUAUCAUUGGCAAUGGAAGGGAAUGUGGUAAGAUAAAGAGAAGCUUCCAUUUUACAUAGGACAUAUACAAUGAUCAAUUGACAUUUGACACAUGGAUAUUUCCAAGCCUUCAGUUUCACUUCUACGGACUAAUCAUUUUUUUGCCCCUUUGCUGACGUAAGAUCCUUAGUAGGCAGUCUGUUAAUGUAAAUCAGCCCUUGGGCGCAAACUCUUCUGUCCCCUUGCAUUCACAGAGCUGCGUAGCUGGGAGGAGGGGGAUUGUUCUUUUGGAGGGCGGGACAUGGUGUUUUGGUGUACGGAAAUAAUUGUCUUGUUUAACUUGUAUAUUCUUAACCUUUUUGCAUGUCGAAUUCCAAAAUCCAUUUUUAACAGUCCUUGAUGUUUCAAUUUGAAAGAGACCAGUGGGGGCUGAGACCAUUGAGGCUUAAGAUGACUGCCUUUCCUGGUUGGCCUUUCCAAACAUUGUGUGACCCUUGCCCUAUGACCCUUUGGCUGACCUUACCGGAAGCCAUGAUGACAGCAGCCUAUUGCCAUUAGACGCAGGGUGAUGGUGGAUACAGAAACCAGAGAACUGGCAGGGACAAGUAUGGUCCCCCCGUGCGCACAGAAUUUAGACUUGUCGUGGAAAACCUCUCCAGUCGAUGCAGCUGGCAAGAUCUCAAGGAUUUUAUGAGGCAGGCGGGCGAGGUGACAUACGCUGAUGCCCAUAAGGAGCGUGCCAAUGAGGGGGUUAUAGAGUUCAGGUCUUACUCUGAUAUGAAGAGAGCUGUGGAGAAGUUGGAUGGCACAGAGAUAAAUGGACGCAGAAUCCGGCUAGUGGAAGGAAAGACUCGUCACAGGAGGCCUUAUUCUGGUAGCCACUCCAGAUCACGAUCUCGUAGCAGGCGAAGAUCGCGCAGCAGGAGUAGGCAUCCUAGCCACAGCAGGUCCAGGAGUCAAUCUCGUUCACCUGCCAAGAAAAGCCGGUCUCGUUCCCUUGCAAAGAGCAGCCAUUCACAGUCACCUGGAAAGAGCCAGUCCCGGUCUAGAUCAAGAUCCAGAAGUAAAGAAAGGUCAAGCAAGCCAAAGUCUUUGCAUGGUUCACAAUCACGUAGCAUAUCCCGAGGAAAACAGGACAGAUCUCGUAGUCGCUCUAAAGGCCUGGUCGAAAGGUCACGCAGUAGAUCAAGAGAAGAUUAUGUAAGGUCUCGCAGUCGCUCCAAAGGCAUGGGUGAACGGUCUCGUAGUUGGGCCAAAGUUAAGGAUGACCGAUCACACAGCCGAUCCAAGGCUAAGGAUGACAGAUCUCGUAGCCGAUCCAAAGUUAAGGAUGACAGAUCUCGCAGCCGAUCCAAGGCUAAGGAUGACCGAUCUCGCAGCAGAUCCAAGGAUGACCGGUCUCGCAGCCGAUCCAAGGCUAAGGAUGACAGAUCUCGCAGCCGUUCCAAGGCUAAGGAUGACAGAUCUCGCAGCCGAUCCAAGUCCAAGGAUGACAGAUCUCGCAGCCGAUCCAAGGCUAAGGAUGACAGGUCUCGUAGCCGAUCCAAGUCUAAGGAUGACAGAGCUCGCAGCCGAUCCAAAGCUAAGGAUGACAGGUCUCGCAGCCGAUCCAAAGCUAAGGAUGACAGGUCUCGCAGCCGAUCCAAAGCUAAGGAUGAAAGAUCUCGCAGUCGGUCUAAAGAUGAAAUGUCGCUCAGUCGGUCCAGAGAGAACAGGGAAAGAUCGCGCAGUCCAUCAAAAAGCAAGCAUGACAGAUCUCGUAGCCAAGGCAAGCAUGAGAUGUCUGGCAGCCGGUCGAAGAGCAAGCGUGAUAGGUCUGGUAGCAGGUCAACAAGCAAGCAAGAAAGGUCUAACAGUCGGUCAAAAUCCAAGCGGGAAAGGUCAAGUAGUCGCUCAAAAUCCAAGCGGGAAAGGUCAAGUAGUCACUCACAAUCCAAGCGGGAAAGGUCAAGUAGUCGCUCAAAAUCCAAGCGGGAAAGGUCAAGUAGUCGCUCAAAAUCCAAGUGGGAAAGAUCCCGUAGUAGAUCAAAGAGCAAGCGGGAAAGAUCCCACAGCCAUUCCAAAGGCAAAAGAGAGAGAUCACGCAGUCGUUCCAAAGGCAAAAGGGGUAAUUCUGAAGGUCGUCCCAAUGCAAAGAAGGCAAGGUCUACUCGCAGUCGUUCCGGAUCCCAUUCUCCACAGCAGAAUGGAAAGGGAGGUGCACGAUCCCGCUCCCAGUCUCCUCUUCCAGCUUCUAGUAGCAAGGAGCGGUCUCUCAGCCCUCUUCCUCGAGCUGCUUCUGCUUCCAGUUCUAGGUCUCGCUCUAGUUCUCGAGAAUAGAAUACUGGCAUGCAAUGUCAGUAAAUGUGUCCAAGCCCAGUACUAGAACUGUGGACCAACUAACAUCUUGAUGUAUAAAUGCAGUUCAUUUUGCUCAAGUUAAACCUGUCAGGGAGUGCUACGUGCUGAUUUUCAUUGCAUUGUUGAACUGUUUGUCUGAACAGGUCAAUCUAAUUAUUUAGGUAUUGAUUGUUGUCCAUUGGGCUUUUUCCCACUUGUUUUUUUUACCCCUCCCUGAUGCUCCAUCUGGUACAUAGAGAGUGAAAAAGUUGUUUCCUACCAUGACCUUCCUGGAAUAGGGUUUAGAACUAGUGACUGCCAUUUAGGAUGCUAUGAUUACUCUGAAUGUCACCAAAUUGUUUGUGCUGUUAUUCUCGAAUUAACCAUUUGGGCUACUGAUGAAUUUGAUGCAUUUGGGUGCCAUAUUAAAUCCUGGGGCACCUAAAUUCUAAUGUGUGAUAAUAAACUAAAGUUUAUGUGAUGAGAUACCUAAUUAUAUGCUAAACUGUCUGGCUCAUAUGCAUUCACUUCAAAUCCAACUUAUGUUUACCUUCAUUCUUUAUCCACCCAAAGUUUUGGGGCACCCUGUGAAGUUGCUGAACUGCCAUUCAGAGGGUUAGUACAUUUCCCAAGUCAUGGCUGCUGACAUUGUAAGGAUUUCUAAAGCAGGUUUCUUUUUUAGUUAAAUGCUGUAACUACAUAAUGAGCAGAGCAAAUAAAACUGCUUUUCCAAGCAUAUUGGUUUGUCCAUACCCCUUGUCUUGGAAAGCGGUCAUCUAGAUCCUAGUGUGGUAUUGAUCACUCCUGUGAAUUGCUGAGCAGAGAGAGCUAAGAGCCUUUGCCUAUGAUAUGGUAUGCCUAUGAUACCAUACACAUGCAAAAUCAUCACUGUUUCUUGGCUUAGCUGAUCAUCAUUUUAUGACUCCAUUUAUGUUUUGUUUUUUUCUAAUGGGGCCACCCACAUGUUCGGACAUUUAAUUACAUGAAAAAUCAGUCUGUGUGGCCAUUAUAAGGAUAUACAACUGAAACUUAGGAGGCAUUUUUAGCUAAAUGCAGGCAAUAUUUUGUGCUUAAGAUGUUGCAGUGUUUGUGCUAUAGCUCAGCUCAAAGUGCGUAUAGUAAGCCUGUGCUGCCCAAAAUUAGCAUAUAAAACGUCCAAUGUUUGGGGGUUGUAUAUUAAAAUGAGAGCUUCAGAGAAGUUUGUGGAGCUAUUGGGCAGUGUUGAAAAAACAUUUUUUUUAUAAUUGUGCUACAGACUAGGUUGAUAUGUCUAGUAUUUGUAUAUUGUUUUAUUUAGAUGCAUUAAUAAAAGUUGUGAAAGAAA